AUACAAUGCUUCCGAUAUGGAGCAUCCUAAUUGUCCUGUCCCUCCGAUGUAGCGGGCUGACAUCAAACAGUUGCGGUUUCAGCUCGAUGUGUUCGUGUUCCUCUGGACAGCAGGACGCAUCAGCAGUUAGGACGAUACACAGCGUCGCAUGUAUGGCGGUUCCGUUCUACAAGUUUCCCAACUUGCCCGAGGGCAGUAUCAACCAGCUCGAAGUGGCGGGAUCAAAGACCGCCAUUCUGGAGGCAGAGAGUUUGGCGGGCUGCCAGGUCCAGGCUCUAGUCUUGACCAAUAACAGGCUGCAACAUGUGGCUGACAGAGCGUUUAGCUCCCAGUGGAAGAGUCUCACUUCGCUGGACCUGAGCUAUAAUCAACUAGACAGCGUUCCUUUCGUCGCUCUCAAAGAAUUGCGGAGUCUGCAGUGGAUUAAUUUGCACGGCAAUCAAAUAUCAUCGCUGCUGGGAGACUGGUCCCGACUAAGACCAACUGUCGCAACGCUUUUCCUGGGGGAGAACGACAUCACAGAAAUUCCUGCUGACCCACCAGACUACGAAUCAAAAACUCACCACGGCCUAAGUCAGUUCAAAUCACUUAUAUGGCUCAAUCUGGAUGGCAACAGAAUUCACAAAAUACACAAACAGUCUCUUCCAACGACCGUUCAAACCGCGAGCAUUUCUCACAACCUAAUCGAAACUUUUCCGUCGGAUCUAGUAGGGACGCUACCUCGCCUACAGUGGUUGUAUCUACGAGGAAACCACAUCAAAUCCAUUCCGGAUCACACGUUCUCUAGGCGGCUGUGGAUGGAGAAGAUAGACCUCGGCGAAAACUUCCUCAAGUCUCUUCCGAGAUUUCCCUUCAAUAACUCCAUCUGUAUUAGGGACAUUAACUUAGCACACAACGACUUCAGAACGCUGACACCAGAGAGCUUCGCUGGGUUGGAAACCAGGAGAAUAAUCCUCUCGUACAACCUGUUGGAGAAUUUAGACGUCCGUGCCUUCGCUGGCAUUGACGAAUCUCUCGAGUAUCUUGACUUCGAUCACAACAACUUCCGGCAUAUCCCACAAGCUGUCAGUCAAUUGAGGCAUCUGAAAUACCUCUAUUUAUCGUCGAACGCUUUGAGUGAAAUACCUGACGCAGCCUUCAACAACUUCUGCUCCAGUCUCAAGGCCGUAAGCAUCAGUGGGAACAGAUUGACGAAGAUACCGACCAAAGCUUUGUACAAUUGCACGAAGCUCUUUCACUUCAACGUGGCUUUCAAUGAAAUCGAUGAAAUCGUAGAAGACGACUUCACCAACUGGGCUGUUAACGUCAGAAGUUUGAUUCUCGGAAACAACAGAAUAUCACAACUGGAAAGCAGGGUGUUCUUCCAGCUGAAGGAGUUGAAAGAGUUGAGUCUUAGUUUCAACCCGCUGCUCCACAUCGAUAAGGAAGCUUUCACUGGUUUGGACAAGCUGGAGAGCCUAGAGCUGUCCUUUUGUAUGGACCCUGACUUUAACUUCGAAAGCAUAUUCAGCCCUCUGGUCAGCUUACAGUGGCUGUCACUGGAUAACAAUAAUAUCCAGGUGCUUCCAGACGAUCUGUUUGAGCCCCUCACUCAUCUAAAAUACCUCAACCUGGAGUCUAAUAAGCUGCGAUCGAUACCCAAUAAUCUCUUCAAUAACCUUCCUGAGUUAAAGGACGUAAGACUAUCAAACAACGAAAUAGUGUUCAUAAAAACUGGAACGUUCCGGUUGCUCAGUAACUUGGAAUCCAUCACGCUAUCUGGAAAUAAUAUAAAGCACAUCCAACGGGAAAGUUUUGAACAUCUACCAAGUCUUAAAAACCUGAUACUUUCCGGAAAUCACUUGGGGCAUAUCAAUCACGAUGCCUUUCUGAACUUGUCGUCAUUAGGAAAAAUUGACCUGCAGAACAAUCAGCUAGGGUCACUUAGCUUCAAAUAUUUCGCCAAUGCAACAGGAUCAUUGGUUCUCAAUCUGACGAAAAACCACAUCAAGUCAUGCAGUUCCGAUUCCCAAACUCUCGACGUAGAGGUUCUGGAUCUGCGGUACAACAGGUUGGGAGGUGUUCCCAAAUGUCUUGAACACGCAGUAGGAUUACGGAAGCUUUUUCUGGAUUCCAAUUCCAUACAUUCUCUGGAACACAACGCUUUCAUGCAUUUGGUUCAGUUGGAAGUACUGAGUCUGAGGAUGAAUAAUAUAGGAACUGUUAGCAGGAAAUCUUUUUUUGGUUUGCAAAACCUACAAGUGCUUGAUCUAUCGAAGAACUUCAUUGCGCAGUUGCACACGAGUCAGUUCGUUAGCAUGCCAAAUUUGCGUGUUUUGAAUCUCGAAGAAAACCGAUUAAGCUACCUACCGAGAGAUGUUUUCAGCAACACGCUUCUGGAAAUGUUGGAUUUGAGUUUAAACUCUUUCUCAGUUGUCCCAACAUCAAGCAUAUCAGACGUGGGAAUCACCUUAAGGCAUUUAUCCAUACGGUCCAACAAUAUCGAACACGUGGAUAUCACAACAUUUCCCGACGUCCCGUCCUUGCAUCACCUUGAUAUGAGUGAUAACAAACUGACUAUACUUCCCGAUAAUGUGUUUACCAGCCUGGGGUUGUUGCAAUUCCUCGACCUCAGUUUCAACCCGCUCCGCUCUAACUUCAAAGAGUUGUUCCAUUACGCACAGAGCCUCAAGCACUUGGAUCUUUCGAAUUGUGGAAUAAUUUCCACGCCACAUUUUCCACUGCCGAACUUGAUACACCUGAACUUGUCGCACAAUCAGAUAGAGAGCGUGGGAAAGAACUCGAUACAGCAGUUGGUGAAGCUGAAGUCCUUGGAUCUGAGCCACAACUAUCUGGAUCAUGUUCCCGCGCAUUUGUGGAUGCAUCUGCCAAAUUUGAAGAUCCUGAACUUGUCGAAUAAUCCGAUUAAGGAGUUGAUAGGAGAAAGUUUCGCUGGGAUGCAAGCUUUGCAGGAACUAACUUUGCUCAAUUUGAACUACUUGAACAAAUUCGAAAGCGAGAGUAUCCAACAGCUGAAAGUACUGUCCAAGCUGACUUUAGAAACUUGGCCCAAGCUCGAUCACUUUGCUGACCAGUUCUGCAAUCUCUUGUCUCAUCUAGAUCAGCUGAGGGUACUCAAAAUUGUCUUUUCCGAAACCAAAGUGGACGAGCAACUACUCUGCGUCACUAACAGAAAAAUAAGGUAUCUGGAGAUUACUGGAAGGAAUUUGAGAAGUAUCGACAGAGAUGCUUUCGCUAGGUUUACUAGGAAUCCGGAUUUAGUUCUGUCUAUUCAUGGAACACAAAUUGAAGAACUUCCUGCUGGGCUAUUCGCGAAUAUGUACAAGAUUGCCUACCUGAAGAUUGAUGUUAGUUUCAACUCUUUGUCUCAUUUGAGUCCGGAAAUAUUUUACGGAAAUUCAAGUGGAUGGAGAAAUGUUGGGACAACGCUGAUAUCAGGGGGCCUAGUCAUCUCCCAAAACCCCUUCCGGUGCGGCUGCCACCUGGCGUGGCUCGGCCACUGGUUCCGGAGGUGGAUCAGAGAGAGCUUGCAGUCCUACAACGCACCCGUGGAGGCGGUCAUGCGAAUGUAUGCCAUCGUGAAGGCAUCCACCUGCGUGGACAUCGCUACGGGGGGCACCGUCCCAAUCGUGGAGCUACCGCCCGAAGACAGCAGUUGUCACGCAAGCGCGUUGAGUAACGCGGCCCCGUCGAAAGAAGAUUCUGUGAUUUUUAUAGUUUUGUUAUUGUUUCUCAUCGGUUUUGGCAGGUAGUCGAUGUAGGUUUGUAAGUAGGUUUGUAAAUAACGUUGUUAGAUUUUUAUACGGCAGUAUUAUUAGCAUAGUUUAUUCUAGUUGAUUGUUAUAGAAAUAUUGACUUGUUCUCAUGUUCCUAAGUCGUCACUCUUCGAAAGACUUUGAAGCAGAGAAACCUGUAAUAUCCAUUACAUUUUAUCUAAUGAAAUUCUUUCUCCUUUUGAACUUCGACGAACAUUCCGGCGGCAAUUAUGAUUUCUGCA